AUGUGGUCGUUUCACCGUGUUCUUCAUCUUCUCCUCCUGCCGACACUUUGCCUAGCCGAAUACCCUAAGAUUGAUGAUGAAUUGAUUGAGAAAGCCAAAGCUGGGCAGUGGAUUUAUCUAGGUGAUGAAGACGAUACAAUGAUCAAGAUUGUGAGGAUGCAAAACGUUUUCCACAAGGACAUCUCAUACGGAGAGGCUGAACAGUUUUGUGAAGAAGAUCGGGGGCACUUGCUGUCUGUCCGAUCACAAGAGGAGGACACAUAUAUAUCAGAUCUGGCAUUGGCUGUAUAUGCAAAAGAUGGGGGCGCAUCCGACUGGUACGUGAGAUUUCCCACCGGUUGGUUAGGAUCAUGGUCAGAUGGAUCUUCAACCGACUACGUUAGAAAGAAACUUGGCCAUAAAUGUAUAUGGGUGAGUUUCGUCUCUUACCAUUUAAAACUAGAAAGUGCUUGGAGAGUGCUCAGAUCGUAG